GGGGUGGUUGUUUGAUUUCAGUCAAAGUUUCCCCCAACUCUCUAACUCUUCAACCAGAUUUUAAAAUCAUUAAACAAACUUGUCUUCCUUUCUUUAUAAAAACCCAUCUCUGGUUCUUCUUAAACCCAAAGCUCCUCAUUCUCUCUUCCUAUCUCUCUCUUUUUCUACCUUUUUUCCACUUCAGUUUUAGAUAUAUAUAUACCCAGUUAACCAAAUUACCUCAUCUGCCUACUUCCAUGUUUGUUGUCUCUGAUUCUUUACCAUUUGGGUCUUCCAUUUCCUCUUGCUUUUGCUUCUUCUUUCUAGAUAGAAGCUUCGGCUUCUUGACAAACCUACAAAUCCAAACAUAAAUGUACUCAACUCUUGUUCUUCCCACCAUCAACUAGCACAGUAGUAAAGUAGUUCAGUUUGUUUUAUGAAACUGAGAGGAAUUGAAAAUGGAAAGUGGGUGGAGCUGGGAUCAAAAGUCACUCAUUGGUGAGCUAAUUCAAGGGAUGGAGCUUACCAAGCAACUGAGAGCAGAGUUGAGUUCAGCAUCUGCAGAAGAAAGCAGAGGAUUAUUAGUGCAAGGGAUUUUGUCGUCCUAUGAGAAGGCUCUUUUGAUUCUGAAAUGGAAUGGACCAAUGAAUCAGCCUCAGAUGGUUGAAGCAACCCCUGGUUUGCCAGGCUCUCCAAUUUCUGUCAAUGGAAGCCAUUCUAGUGAUGACUCUGGUAGAGGUCUCAAGGACCCUCAGGACCCCAGAAAAGAAUCAAAGAAGAGAAAGACACAGCCCAGAUGGACAGAACAAGUGAAAGUGAACUCUGAGACCGGAUUCGAAGGACCCCAUGAGGAUGGUUAUAGCUGGAGAAAAUAUGGCCAAAAGGACAUCCUCGGUGCAACAUAUCCCAGAAGCUACUAUAGAUGCACUUUCCGCAAUACUCAGAAUUGUUGGGCAGUAAAGCAAGUGCAGAGAUCAGAUGAAGACCCUUCUGUGUUUGAGAUUACAUACCGAGGAAAGCACACUUGUUCCCAAGGGAACUAUUUAGCCCUACCAUGUCAUUCACCAGAUAAGCAAGAAAAGAAGGAAAAUGACCAGGACCACAGCCACAUCCACGACCAUCAUCAGCUGCAGCCUUUGCAAGAGAAUCUAUUCAGUAAUCAAACCAUUGAGAACAUCGAAAAGCUCGAAAACAAGGCAUCUACUUUCUGCUUUGGCUCAAGCUCAACUUCUGUUGGAUGUAAGGAUAUUAUAAAUGGUGGCUUUUCAAAUUUAGCCAUUGACACGCUUGCUUCCUUGGGAAGCUUUACCCAGUCAUUUAUCUCCCCAACCACACCCGACUCAAACUACUUCACUCCAUCCGCAUGCCAAAGGAGCAACGUAGGAGGGACUCAUAAUGUGCAACAUCAAGAACCUGAUGUUCAUGAGAUUUUCUCGGCCAACACUUCAGCUACCAAUUCCCCUAUCCUGGAUUGGGAUUUUCCAUUUGAUUCAGAGCAGAUCAACCCAAAUUUCCCAUUUAAUUCCCAAGGGUUUUUCUACUAAACCACUUAGGCAUGAGAAUAAAAUUGCAUCCUGGCUAAUAACAAAUCCUCUAGAAUGUAGCUUCAAUUAUGCACCAAGACAGAAGAAAACAAGGUUCUCUCUACCCAGAUUCAUUUUCUAAAAUGUUAGCAAAGCAUGGGGAUUAGUAAUAUAACUAGCAGGUUCAUUUUUGGUUCUUUUAUUAAUUUUGAUCCCAAUUAAUUGCAUCAACAUUAGACUAAGCAACUGCACCUGUUUAAAAUUAGGAAACUUCAAAGCAAUAAUAGUAAUCGAAAAAUAUAUCCUUGUA